AAGCACACGGUUCUAUUUCACAAAUUGUCAAAUAAAAACCUUUAAUAAGUGCAAAUUCAUUGCGUAAAAGCGAAUAAACUUGUGAAUUUAUAACAAACUUAUUAAAAGCAACUAUCUAACGUAUUGAUUUUAGCCACUGGAGACGCCGGCGCCGCAAACAGGGUGCUCCGCACAGACAAAGAACGAGCGCUAGUUUAAAUGAAUACAAAUUUCAAUUUUAGUAAAAUGCGUGGACGCGGCGGUUAUAUCCCACGUGGAGGCAACACCAUGCGUGGUGGUGGGGGUGGCAACUACUACAAUAAUCGCAAUUCCAGUAAUUAUGUAAAUACACGAACCCAGGGCAACUACCGUCCCAAUACGGGUCGCUAUGAGAACAACUAUAACAAUCAUCAUAACAAUCGCUAUAGCGGCGGCGGUGGCGACGAUCAUUAUGAUAAUCGCAAUCGUGACAAGUUCAAUCAUUCUAGCUCCGGCGGACGCUAUGACUCGAGCUCGGCUCAUAAGCGUAGUUAUGAUUCGUCACGCGAUGGUGGUCGUAAUGACGACCGCAAGCGGCCGCGUCAAGAUGAUUAUCGUCGUACGUCGUCGUCAAACGAUCACAAUGAUCGUCCUUCGUCAUCGCAGAACAUGGGCUCUUCAUCUAGCUAUCAUCCACGCAAUAGCUCUGGCGGCGGUGGCAGUGGUGGUGGUGGCGGCGGCGGCGGUGGCGGAUCAAGCUCAUAUCGUCCACGCGAUGAUGGUGGCGGCAAUCAACGACAUCAGCGUGACAAUGACACAUCAAUGGGUCCGCCAAAGCGUCCAUUGCUGCGCAGCGUUGCCGGCACCAGUUAUAUAUCUCGUGCACGCGGCUCAUUGGCCGUGCGCGGUGGCAUGAUACGCACCACAAUGCGCGGCGGCAGUAGCACCAUGCGGAUUGUGCGUCCACGCUUUGUUGAUAACAAUGAUCUGCGCACUAUGCGCCGCCAGCUGAUGUAUGCACAGCAAAAAGAUCGUGCACGCCUACUCAAGAUACAACAGCUGAAAAGCUCAUUGCGACGCCAACGCCAAGGAGGCAACAGCAGCAAUAAUUCAAGCGACGACAAUGAUGGCUCUGAAAAUGACGACAAGGACAGCUCGGAGAAAAGCAACAAGAAGAAGAGCAAUGACGCAGAUGGCGAUGAGGAUGAGCAAGAUGAUGACGUUGACGAUAAAGAUGAGACGCACGAUGGUGGUGAUGGUGAGAAAAAGAGUUUAGAUAGCUCAGGCAAGAAAUCGCCAACUAAGAAACGCAGCAGCCAAAAGGCCAGCGAUGAUGCCGACGACAAGGCUAAUGAGGCAAAGUCUACAACUGCUGCACAGGAUGAUGAGGAGCAUGAUGAAAAAGCUGACAAAAUCAAAAGCGAACCACUAUCACCUGAUAAUGAUGAAAGCAAGAGCAAGAGCGAAGCUACCGAUGACGCCGACAAGUCCAAAGAGAAAGCCGCCAAGGCUGAUAAAACAACAGGUAAGAAAAAGGAUAAGGAUGUUGAUGACAAGAAGAAAUCGUCAAGCGCCAAGAAGGAACGCUCCUCACGCAACAAAGACAAGAUCGAGAGUGACGAUGAGCGCCAUGAGCGUCGCACCAGCUCACGUCAUCGCGAUGAUGAGCACAAUCGUCUACAUCGUGCCUUUAUCAAGCUCAUCUGCGUGCACUGCCGCAUCAAGUGUGUGACCUUCAAGGAAUAUCAUUAUCAUUUGAACUCACGCACGCAUAAGAACACCAUGCGCACUGUUGCCUUGCGUCAACGCGCUGAUCUGCAGCGCAUGCGCGCACGUCAACGCACCACGCAGCGUGAGAUUGAAGAGAACAGCAAGGAGAAGUAUGAGUCGCGCUAUUGUCGCCUCUGCCGUUUGGCCUAUCGUCAGCCCAAGAGCUUGCAUCAGGCUUCGGAGCAUCACAAGACCAUUAAGAAGUUUGUCAUGCCCUAUUGCGGCAGCUGUCAUUUGGCUUUCAAGAACUCUAUGCUGUAUGAGAAUCAUCGCUGCUCACUGGAUCACAUUAAGAACAAAGUACGCAACGAUGAAUCCGGCUCGGAUGAUAGCGUUGAUGAGCGUGAAAUCGAUUUGAACAAAUUCCUCACUGUCGAUUCUGUGGGUGAGAUUGAUGAUGACAUUGUGGAUGCCGAUGUGGAUGCUUUGCUGCUGGAGGCUGAAGAAGCUCAAAAGAGCACUGAUGAGGAGACACGCAAACGUGGUCUGAUUGGUCUGGACUUUAUCAAAAGUGUGGAGGCCUUCUAUUGUGAACUGUGCAAUCAUUAUUCACCCAAAUUGGGUGAUGACACACUCGAUGCGUAUUCAAAGAAACAUUGCUUGCGGCAUUCGCAUCUAAAGAAUUAUUUGCGUCACAAAGAAGAUAAUGAAAAGAAGGCCAAGUCGGAUGCUGGUGAAGAAGAGGAACAUGAUGAUGAGGAGGAUAUACUGCUAGAAAAAGAUGCUGAUGAAGAAGCAGAAGAAGCUGAGGAGGAGGAUGUGGAAAUGAAAGAUAAGGAUGUGGAUGAUGAAGACGCUGAGAAGCAUAAUGAUGAGUUAUGGGAGGAGGUCGACAAGGAUCUUGGUGAGCUACUGGCUCAAGUGGAGCCGCUAGGACAGGAGGAAGAGGAGGAUGAAUCGGUGCUGAAUAUUGACAUUGAAAGCGAGAAAAACAAACUGAAAGACGCUAAAGAUGAAGCCAAUGGCAGCGCUGACGAGCCCACAAAGGAAACGAAGUCCGCUGCUGCUGCAGACAAGACAGCAGAGAAGAAAGCAACACCUGGCACACCCAGUAAGACAGUCGCCAAGCCGAAGGCCACACCCAAGGCACCAGCUACCAAGGCCAAUCGUCCCGGCCCAGCCUCCAGCAAACGUCAAGUGACGGUCAAUGUGAAACGCACUUCGGUGGCUGCAAUUAAGGCGGCGACCAAAUCAACAACUGACUCCAAGUGAGUGAGGGCCACAGUCAAACACAUAUAUAAGCACAGACACAAACACAUACACAAAUACAAAGACACACACAAACACAGACAUAAACACACACACAUAUACAUACAACUGUGCACCAAUCCAUUGUGUGCUUGUUGUAAUACACAUCAACAAUUACAUACACAUCAUAAUACAAUACAAAAUGAAAAUGUAAUACAAGUUAAACAUGAAACAUGAGCAUGCAGGUCUGAAGCUGUGUCUAUAAUUGUGUAUAGACUUGUUUAAUAAACUCUUAGACUUAAUUUAA